GCAGUAAGGUAGAUAGAAAAGUCAUCCAUAAUUUCAGAAGACUUUUAUCUGAGGCCAAGGGAAUGAAUCUCUAAUGGUGAAACAUGAGGUGCUAUGAUAGGGAAUGUUUUGGACCCCCCUCCUUUUAUACCAUGUGAAAUUCUGAUACAGUACCCUGCCAUAGAUCCACUGAGCCUGUCCUCCAGGCCAAAGGGUUUUUAUUCUUAGGGAAAGGGGUUAUGUUCCCAUCUCUCAGUACCCUUAGCUCUGGGCUUAUGGGGAUGUUUGGGGUGAGCUGUGUACGUGGACUCUGAUAGCUCCUGAUGUUGCUUGUUGCUGGCAUAGCUGGUGAGUGGGGAACUUGUGUGCUUGGGAUGGGGGGAAUGCAUGUUUAUGAGUAUCUAUACCUGAUUAUGCAUGUGUGUGUGUGUGUGUGUGUGUGUGUGUAUGAGACAGAGAGAAAGAGAGAGAGAGUGAUGGAAGAAGCAAUCCCUGCUCCUAGAAUCCUGCCCCCACCCCUAAUCUGAGAGGAGCUUCUGAGGAUAGGAUGAGCAGCCACAGGACCCUAAAUCUCUCAUCCUCCUUAGGCAUCUCCCAAACUCUCUGCCGUCUCAAGCCUUUACCUAUUUCCCAGUAUCAGUCAGGACUCUGGGCCCUUGAGUGCUCUGGGCUCUCCCAGCCAAGCUUUAGAUGCUGGUACUGUUCCCCUUAAGUAGCUGAGAUUGGGGCGGGAAUUUCCAGAAUAAAUAUUCUAGGAAGUGGAGGCAACACUCCCACUAACUUUACACACGGGACCUACUCAAAGAGGCAGAAAAGUCACAUAAGGAGGCUUGAGGGGUCUCAGAUGUGUCCGGUGAAGAUACAAUUCCCACCUCUCAGUCAUAUGCCGGCCUUCCCAUGUUCAGUAGCCACAUAGCUCACAGCCUAUUUGCUGGCUUUUCAGGGAAGUUUGUCUCUAAAAAGUCAUAGCUUGUACCCACUGUGCACCAGCCACUGCAGAUGCCUUUAGUAUUCAUUAUAUUUAGUAUUCACCAUCACCCUGCAAAGUAGGUGAUGUCAUCUCUAUCUUGCCAAUGAGGAGGUUAAAGCUCAGAGAGGUGAAGUGACUUGCUCAAGGUCACCCAGCUAAUAAAGGCAGAGCUGGGAUGCAGGACUAGGUUUGUGUGGCCCCAAAGCCUCCAUGCUGCCUCUUCACUGAUUAUGCAGAGUGAAUAUCUGAGUCUGGUCUCAAGCUAUGAUAUCUCAAGCCAUGGCCUUGAGAGUUUCACCCUCUCUCCGAGAGCUCCGCACUUAGCUUCCUCUGACAGCGCUGAGGGGAAAUCUAUCUCUGUUUCUAUGAAGGCUGUGAAGGCCCUGGCUAGUCCUGCCACAGGCGCACCCCUGCCCUGCUAGCUGCCUCCAUACUUGCUUGCCUUGCCAGCCAUCUUAGAGACCCAUUCAGCAUCUCCAUUGGGAGAAAGGAAGGGAUGUUCCAGAACUCCAUCUCUGAAGACUGGCCCUGCCGUAGUCACAGCAGGGUCAUUCCCUCUCUGGGUUGCUGAGCUCUGGCACUGCUCUGGCUGUUGGUGAAGGUCUGAAAAGUCCAUGGAAAGUGUGGGCAACAGGCUGGUAGCUUCCACAGUCAUGGAAUCUUUUUAGGAAUACAGAUUCUCAGAUUCCAGACCUUCUGCCUUCUCACACAAUCCCAGAUGAGUUGCAUGCAUAUUAAAGUUUGAGAAGUACUGCUCUAGGCUGGAGUCUAAGAGAUCCUCCUCCCAUUCCCGGCCUUUCUGUCCCCAUCAAAACUACUGUUCACCCAUCCCUCAUUCUCUCCCUCCCAUAUAAAAAAAACACACCAGUCUGUGUGGUAUUAUCUCCUCCUUCCUCAACUGUAAAGAAUGACACUCUAGCUCCCUAAGAAAUGAGGAAUUCCAGCUUUGAGAAAGACAGAUGAGAGAGAUGCAUAAGAACAGGGUCAUUGUAUUAGACUACCCCAGGUUUGGAGCACCCACUUUCUUAAACAUGAUCAGAGUUAGGGUACUCUUCUGGCCCAGCUGCUCUGGGAUCUCACAGUACCCUCUACUGCCUUGGUACCCCUGACCAGAAGAACAAGUUUCUCAGAACAAGAAACUGAGAGCAGUCAGGAACAGUUCAGCUGGGCAGUGAAUCCAGCACUGUCCCAAGGAAACUUAGAUGGUCUGUGACUCAUUUCUGCCAUUGGGACCAAAUCUGGGGUGUGGGCUCAUGGAACCUCCCACUGGGGUAUAUCAAAGGCACAGCUCUGUGCUAUGGGCUCGAGAACCUCUUGUCUUGUCUACAGCUUUCCCAGCCAUGUGUAGGGAGAUGGACAAGGUCCUAUAUGCCCCUGCACAAACCUCAGGCUGGCUGAGGAAUAAGAAGCAGGCACAUUGGGGGCCCAGGCCCUGGAAGGGGAGGUCUCCCUGGAGAGCUCUGGGGGAGCUGAAGGAGGACUUCCUAGAGGCUGGAGCAGAGUCUCCUGAAGGCCAAGGUGCCCAAUUACCUGCCAUCGGUGAGCUCGGCCAUCGGCGGGGAGGUACCCCAGCGCUACGUGUGGCGCUUCUGCAUUGGCCUGCACUCAGCGCCCCGCUUCUUGGUGGCCUUCGCCUACUGGAAUCACUACCUCAGCUGCGCCUCCCCGUGUCCCGGCUACCGCCCACUUUGCCGCCUCAACUUCAGCCUCAAUGUCGUGGAGAACCUCGCGCUGCUAGUGCUCACCUACGUCUCCUCUUCCGAGGACUUCAGUGGGUGCCCAGACAAGGGAAGGAGGAGUGGGGAAGGGUUCGGGGAGGGGACCCCCCACCCCCAUCCCCCCACAUCUUCCGACACAGGGCUUUCAGUACUCCUUGCAAUGCAAGCUCCCAACCUUCCUUUCUCCCUCCAGCCAUCCAUGAAAAUGCUUUCAUUGUGUUCAUUGCCUCAUCCCUCGGUCACAUGCUGCUCACCUGCAUUCUCUGGCGGCUGACCAAGAAGCACACAGUAAGUCAGGAGGAUCGCAAGUCCUACAACUGGAAACAGCGGCUCUUCAUCAUCAACUUCGUCUCCUUCUUCACCGCGCUGGCUGUUUACUUUCGGCACAACAUGUACUGUGAGGCUGGAGUAUACACCAUUUUUGCCAUCCUGGAGUACACCGUUGUCCUAACCAACAUGGCAUUCCACAUGACGGCCUGGUGGGACUUUGGGAACAAGGAGCUGCUCAUUACCUCCCAGCCUGAGGAAAAACGGUUCUAAACCCUUCUCUCCUGCUGGGGAGGAGGCCCACUGCCCAGAAAGGAGGAAACAAAUACCACUCAGGCCUUCCCCACCCCGUGUCCUCUCUCGGCCCUACUGAAGCUAGGGAGAAGGGAAGAAGGGAGGAAGGACACAGGACAAGGCUUUACCCAGCCCUGCUGGCUUCUCCUUCCCCCUACCCCACUGGAAGGUACAGGGACCUUCAAGCAGCAUCACCCUUACCUGAGAUGCAAGAAGCUGAGCUGGCAGGAGAGCUCCACCACCUGGUGCUAAAAAAAAGUCCUGAGGUUCAUAACCACCAUCCGGUUCUUUGCCUUUACAGAGCCACCUCUUGCUGAGGUCAGGGACCACUGAGCAGUGGCUGCUACCAGAAAACCACAGCCAUUUCUCCCCACAGGGUCAUUCACUUGACUAAUGUGUCUCAUGAUCUACUCUGCACAUCCAGCCCUAUGACCACAGUCCCCUGCUAAGGUUGCCCGGGUGUCCUGGUCUUGACUUCACCUCUGAUAUGGUGUGCACCCUUCCCCAUCUGCGCCUCAGUGUGUCUGUGUGGAUGAUGCCAGGGUGGGCGGGCUGUAUAAUCCAGUGGCUCUGCCAGUCUGUGCUUAUCCCUGUGGAGGUGCUGUUCUGUACCUGAAGAAUGACCAGCUCCAGAAAAAGCACUGGCUUGUGUAUUAUUUCCCAUCCCUUAUGAAACCUCUGACUUACAGACUCUUUCUCCUUGGCAAAGGUGUUGGGUAAGGGCACAGACUCCUACCCCAAAGUGGGCUCUCUGGUGUCCUUCCAAUCCACCCUACUGCCUAAGGCCCUGAGGUCUUUUGGUUGUACCUUUUAUUUCAAAGGACAAUAAAUUCUUUUUUUUUUUUUUUU